UUGUCUUGCUGAUGGCGACACCUGGCCACAACAAAACGACCACUGGCUACCCGCCGCCGCAUAACUCGGCCACUGGCGAUUACUCUGGCGGCGCUGCCUAUCCCAUUGCAGUUCCUCCGCCGCCCUCCUUUUACCCGAGCAUCUAUGAAGAACCGAGACCCACCGGAUUCUACCAGCCACCGCCUCCACCCCCCGUCAUGUACUCUUUCCUCUGCCGCUUCCUGGCGGCUAUUGCUGCCACCAUGGCCGUCAUCGCCUUGAUUAUCUUCAUCACGUCGCUCGUCCUCGAGCCCGAACUCCCGGCGUUCCGAAUCGACUCGGCAUCCGUCACCUCGCUCAACACUACCGGCCCCGAACUCACGGCCAGCUUCCACAUCACCCUCGUCGUUACAAACCCUAACCGCAAGCUCGCUAUCUCUUACGACGCCGUUUCUGCCAGUAUCUCGUACGGCGAGGAUGGCGUUCUCGACUCCACUCGCCUGCCACCUUUCUUGCAAAAAACCCGGAGCGAGACCACCCUUCAAGUUCAAUUCGCGGUGGUCAACGAUUUUGUUGGUAACAGCGUGGCCAAAGGCAUUUCCGCGGACCGGGCUCGUGGAUCGGUCCAAUUUGGGGUCACAUUGUUGUCUUGGAUUAGGUUCAAGUCUGGUAUAUGGCGCUGGAAUGAUCAUCUCUUGAAGGUUGACUGCUACCCUUUGAGCUUUGUGUUUUCGCCCAACAACAGUACAGCAUGCAAGGAAUGCCAUUCCCACCUCUCUACAAUGUACUGGCCUUUCUUGUCUCUGUUAAUGUGUCAGUCAAAGGUGCAAGCAACAGACUGAGUCAAGGAACCAAAACUAGUUGGACCCUAUUGCUAGUUGAGGCGUUAGCUCUUCAGUGAUGCACUCACCUCUGCCACCUUACUUAGACGUGCCUUUCUAGUUUAGAUAUUUGAUGCUGAUAAACAAGAAGGAUCAGGGAUCAGUGUUCAGUGUUCUAAUCAGUUUUCAUCAGUCAACUUGAUUUUUGGAUACUGCCAGAUACAUCUUCUCUCUGAUUUUCCUUUAAUUUGUUGUUGGCAUUAAUUAUUUCUGGUUAAUGAAAUUAUCAUCUGACGAUGGUAUAUAUUUAAUUCCCUUAUGGUUAAGCAAUGGAGUGUGUCUUGACAGAUGUUACCAGAAGCCAACGGUUUCAUUUCUGCUGGAAAAUUUUUCAGGGUAAAGUUUUUAUGCCUGCCUAGCCAACUUCGCUUAAGAUCUUGAAAAUUUGAUUAUCCGGGCCUCGCAAAUUUGGGCUUAUCAUGUGAUAAGGCCCUGUUUGAAAGGGUUGGGUUUGGAAAGAAGCCUGACUCCAAUCGUAACGAUGGCUCCAGCAAGACACCGCGCUAAUGGUACUGUGGUUGCCCCUCAUGACGCGAUGGUUUCGUAUAUUGCUUGGAGUGAAAUUCAGCACAUGGGCGACCUAUUGAAAGGAUGGUGCCAAUGAGUUCUGUUUUCUUUAGAUGAGGGUUUGAGUAUCUCGAAUACUUGAUGAGCAAAUUCAUAUCUUAAAUUUCGCAUCACUUUUUAGGGACUUCAUAUGAGUUGCUGCCAUCAAAUGCGGAUCACAUGCAUUGGUUUGCUUAUUAUUGCAUCAGGUAAUGAGAAGAAAC